AUCUUGUUGAUGUUCCCAGUUGACAGUGUCCUGGAUCCAGAUAACCGACUCCACAUGACGGUGGAGGAGCAGCUGAAGGAGCUUCUGGAGAAACUAGACUUUGUGGCUUCCAUGCGCUCCAGCGGCGCCCAGGCUAAACGCAUCCACCCGCUGCGGCGCGAGAUCAACCAGCUGCGGCACAGACAGGAGCAACCCAUGGGCCACGGCGUCCACAACGGGCAUUUUAAAGAGGAAGGCGACGAGGAUGACGAUAAUGACGAUGAGGAUAAUGAGGCCAAAGCAGACGGCAGCGUUGGAUCCUCAGACAAAGUUCCAGACAUCGUGCUUCCAGCUGAUCCUGAACCGGAGCCCUGGUUCUUGAUAGAGGAUCCGGGUAAUGUAAAUGUUUUUUAUAUUGUCAUCACCGAACCGUACCCCCUUCACAAUGAGAUAGAAGUCGAAGAAAUAGUGGUUGAGUAUGAGGAGGUAGAAGUCGAAGGAGUAGUGGUGGACCAGUAUGAGCAGGCUGAGGUGCAGUCUUUUGAGGGGGAAGAUGUUGAUUUUAAUGAUGUCAGGUCUUUUUCUGAUGAGUCUCUUGAGGUGUCUAGUGACUCCUAUGGGUAUGAUACCACGAGCUCUGAGGAAGAAGAUGAUGAAGACGAUGACCACCUUCCCCCACAUCUUCGGUUCACCCAGAGGAUUCCCCCCGACUUCAGACUCCCAUGGAACCACGAGGAGGCGAGGAGAGAAUGGAUAUUUCAGCUCUGA